AUGGAGGACGAAGACUUUGGCGAGGACGUGCUCGUGACAACACGCGCUAGUGACGUUAAUAUUAAAGAAGAGGACAAGACAGAAGAAUCUAGAGUCACAUGGGAAUCUAACGAUAUUGUAAAAAAUGAAAAGAUUAAACAAGAACAAGAAGAUGAAGAAGAUGAAGAACUCUAUGGUGGUGUCUCUAUUCAGCUUAAUACGUCUAUUACAUCACAUAAAGAAGCAGAAAAAGUAGCUGAUACUUUUAUAAAUGAUACAGCUGUAUCCAAGUCAAGUCCUGAUCCAGCAGUGGGCUCAAAUGAUGAUAAUGAUGAUGAUGAUGAUGAAGAAGAAGACGAAGACGUAGCCAUUGUAUUGAGCAAAGAUCAUGCAGGUAGUAAACCUACACUACGAUUCACUGGAGGUGGUAAUCGAUAUGUACGAGGAAGUUUUGGAAGCACGCAACAUGGUGGAACUGGAGCUGUAGGAACUAAAGCUACAACGGGCUCUCAAUCUAGAAAUGAAGACGGCUCGGCGGCUGAUGGAGGAGACGACAUGGCUAUGUUUGGUGGUCGACGUACGGCAUUUGAUGUGGAUAUUGACCUCUUGGAGGAUCGACCAUGGCGUAAACCGGGUGUGGAUAUUUCAGAUUACUUUAAUUACGGCUUUGACGAACACAGUUGGAGAGAGUAUGCUGCACGGCAGCUGAGAUUAAGGCGCGAAAUGGCGGCGGAAAAAUCGAGAGAACAGGCUUUACGGCAGGCGGUAAAUGCUGCCAACCAGCAAGCGAUGCGUGAUCGUGAUGCAAAAAUGCAAGGAUGUGGAGGAAUGCCCUCGCGCGGGUUCCCUGGACAGAUGAAAUCAGAAAGUGAAGACGACCAGAAUACAGAGAAUCGGUCAAGAGAAUGGGGUCCUGGCGGGAUGCAUCCAAUGAAUGGAGCGCCGCCGCGAGGGGCAUUAGGCAGGUUUAUGGGAGGACCACCUCCGAGGGGCUGGCAUCCUGGAAUGGGCCCCCCGCCGGGCUUUGUCGGCCAGCAAAACUGGAAUGGUCCUCCGAUGGGUGCGCCUUGGAAUGCUGGGCCAGGAAGAGGACCCCCUUGGAUGGGCGGACCCGGUGGGGGAAGAGGCCGAAGUGGUGGCCGGGACAAUCGAGGUCGCAAUGUCAAGCAUGAUCGAGAUGAUAGACGUGGUGAUGGAUCAAGAGAAGCAAAUGGUGACCGAUCAAAAUCCCGUGAUCGCCCUCGCAAGGAUGACUCACGGGGUAGCGGACGUCGAGACGAAGAGGAGGCUAAAACUGCUAGCGAGAAGGAUCGAGGCCGCAGCAAAGGCCGAGAACGUAGACGCGACCGUGUCAGCAGCCGUGAACGAGACCAAGAUAGCGGCCGUGAUCGUGAUAGUGGUCGUGAACGUGAUGGCGGCUGUGAACGUGAUGGCGGCCGUGAACGUGAUGGCGGCCGUGAACGUGAUGGCGGCCGUGAACGUGAUGGCGGCCGUGAACGUGAUGGCGGCCGUGAUCGUGCUGGCAGUCGUGACCGUGUUGGCAGUCGUGACCGUGUUGGCAGUCGUGACCGUGUUGGCAGUCGUGACCGUGGUGGCAGUCGUGAUCGUGUUGGUGGUAGCCGUGACCGUGGUGGCAGUCGUGAUCGUGUUGGUGGUAGCCGUGACCGUGGUGGCAGUCGUGACCGUGGCGGCAGUCGUGACCGUGGUGGCAGUCGUGACCGUGUCAGUAGUCGUGAUCGUGUUGGUAGCCGUGGCAGUCGCGAUCGUGAUCGCAAAAAUGUUCGUGAUGGCGGGAAUGCUCGUGAUCGCGAAAAUGGCCGAGAUCGCGGUCGCGAUCGUGACCGUCGUCCACGCGAGCGCGAAGGUCGCGGAGGCGGAGCAGGGGACCCCGUAAAACGAGGGCGAGGAGAACGCAAUCGAGCAGACCGAGGUGGACGUUCUCGGUCCCGAGAACGUGAUUCACGUAAGCGCAAGGACCGGAAUGAAAGUUCUGGCGAUAAUCGUGGCCGUGGUGACCAGCGUCAAAAACGGCGGCGCUAG